AUGGAUGCAAAGAAGGCCAGUAUUGAGCAGGAUGAGAACCCGGCGCCCAACGCGUUGAAGCCCUCGGCUUCGAAUCCGACUCCAGAAGAAUGGGCGCAACAUUUUAUGAGUCAGGAUGAGGCCUGGCACAAAGACUAUGACAAAAAAUUGCUAGUCAAAGUUGACAGGAGGCUCAUGCCCACGUUAGUUAUGAUGUAUCUACUCAAUUUCCUCGAUCGAUCCAAUCUCGCCCAAGCUCGGCAAGGCACCCUGGAAGCGGACUUGGGCAUGUCCGGGACCGAUUUCAACCUGGCAACCUCCAUCUUCUUCGUCGUGGCCAUGUGGAUCCUCCCGGACUAUCCUCACACGACCAAGUGGCUGUCCGAAGAAGAACGCGCCUAUGCCGCCUGGCGCCUCAUCGAAGACAUCCAAGAAGCCGACACCUAUCACGAACAGAGCAUGUGGGGAGGUGUAAAGAUGGCCGUACGCGACUACCGCCUCUACAUAUUUAUUCUGAUGCAGCACCUAUCUCUGGUCACCCAGACUUUUCAAUACUUCUUUCCAACGAUUGUCGGUACCUUGGGCUACGGCAAGAUCAACACCCUCUGGCUAACUGCUCCUUGCUGGGCUGCUACUUUCCUCAUUUCCGUCUGCGUAACCUACUCUUCGUCAAAAACAAGAGACAGAUCACUUCACAUAUUCUGCCUCACUCUUCUAUCUGGAGUUGGAAACGCCAUAGCGACUGGAUCGAGUGUUGUUGGAGUCCGUUACUUUGCCAUGUUUCUCAUGCCCAUGGGCGCUAUUUCCGCAUGUGAGCUCCAUCAGCACAUUGCUUAA